CUCUCAUAAUCCCAGAGUUUUGCGUGCUGAGCGGUUGUCUUGGCACUAGCGAUCGAAAAUGUGGUUCGUGUUGUAUUUUGUUCUGGCCCUGCCUGUGCUCGUGGUCGCCUAUCUGGAGCUCAGCACAUUCCGCCGGAAAAAAGUGUUAAACAAGUUCAAAGGCCCCAGCGGCCUACCCCUCGUGGGAAAUGCUCAUCAAAUGGGCAAGAAUCCAACAGAAAUUCUUGACCAGGUAUUCUCCUGGUGGCAUCAGUUUGGCAAGGACAACUAUGUUUUCUGGAUCGGAACAUACUCAAAUGUGUUGGUCACUAGUUCCAAGUAUCUCGAGUUUAUACUUAGCAGUCAGACGCUGAUCACAAAGUCCGACAUUUACGAAUUAACGCAUCCCUGGCUGGGACUGGGACUUCUGACCAGUACUGGCAGUAAAUGGCACAAGCACCGCAAGAUGAUCACUCCGGCCUUCCACUUCAACAUCCUGCAGGAUUUCCACGAGGUGAUGAACGAGAACUCCAGCAAGUUUAUCAAGCACUUGAAGAAAGUUGCCGCCGGGGACAGUAUCUUCGACUUCCAGGACCAGGCCCACUAUCUGACCCUGGACGUUAUUUGCGACACAGCCAUGGGAGUGUCCAUCAAUGCCAUGGAAAACCGGAGCUCCUCCAUUGUGCAGGCCUUUAAAGACAUGUGCUACAACAUCAACAUGAGAGCCUUCCAUCCUCUGAAGCGUAAUGAGACGCUGUAUCGAUUGGCUCCUGAUUACCCGGCCUACAGUAGGACUCUGAAGACCCUGCAGGACUUCACCAAUGAGAUCAUCGAUAAGCGCAUUGCAGCCCACAAAUCUGGAUCAGUUUCGACAAGCCAGGGAGAUGAGUUCACUCGCAAGAAAAUGGCCUUUUUGGACACUCUGCUAUCGUCCACCAUCGACGGUCGUCCCCUGAAUUCUAAGGAGCUGUACGAAGAGGUCUCCACCUUCAUGUUCGAGGGACACGAUACCACCACCUCGGGUGUGUCAUUCGCUGUCUAUUUGCUCUCCAGACAUCAAGACGAACAGCGCAAACUAUUUGAGGAGCAAUGCGAGGUAAUGGGUGGCACUGGAUUGGAUCGGGAUGCCACUUUCCAGGAAAUAUCCCAAAUGAAAUACUUGGAUUUGUACAUCAAGGAAGCGCAGCGUAUUUAUCCCAGUGUGCCCUUCAUUGGACGAUAUACAGAUAAAGACUAUGUGAUUGAUGGUGAUCUCGUACCGAAGGGUACCACACUCAACUUGGGUAUCGUGAUGCUGGGAUACAAUGAAAAAGUGUUCAAGGAUCCCCACAAAUUCCGUCCCGAGCGCUUUGAGCUCGAGAAACCAGGGCCCUUCGAGUAUGUGCCCUUCAGUGCUGGUCCGCGAAACUGCAUUGGACAGAAGUUCGCUCUGCUGGAGAUCAAGACCGUGGUUUCCAAGAUCAUUCGCAACUUCGAGGUGCUUCCAGCCGUGGAUGAGCUUGUUUCCAAGGACGGUUACAUCAAUACCACCUUGGGACUACCUCCUGCUGAGAGGAAGAAGCGCGAUGUCCAUCGCCACAAAUACGAUCCCAUUCUUUCCGCUGUAAUGACCCUAAAAUCCGAAAAUGGGCUCCAUAUUCGACUGAAGGAGAGACACUAAAGCCCCAUUUAGUUGAUCUCGGGGAGAGCAUUGCUCAUCUCUUUGUUAAGUUUGGUGCUUGAAAAAUGUUUAACUUUUUUAGUAUUUGAUUCUGAUUUCCCCACAGAAAUAAUUAUUAAGACACUGUUAAUUAGGGGAAGUAGAACAAAUAAACAAAUUAAAAACAAA